AUGGGAACUCGUGGCUUAAAAGUAUUUCGCUUUCGCGGCCGCUACUAUGCCUACUACGUCCAAUACGACAGCUAUUAUGAAGGGCUUGGUGCCACCAUCGUCAUGAGCAUUCCCGAGGAUCCUGCAGAAUACCGUGAAUGGCUCGAGUCAAUGCGAGCCUACUAUGCAGACAUUGAAUUCCAGCUUGAAAAAAGCGCGAACCUGAUUCAAAAGGACGUCGUGCUCGACGAGGAUGUUACGACUGACCUGGGCCUUCACGAGUUCCCUACAUCAUUUCCGGUCCUAGACUCGGACUUUGGCUUCAUCGAAAACGUUUACAUAAUCAACCUUGAUCGUGAAAUUCUGACCAUGAACUACGGCAUCCACUGGAAGUUGGAUAAUAUUCCACGGGCCGACAAUCUGUGGCUCCGCGCAAUCCGGGAGAGCAUCUACGACUACAUGCCAACAGUAUCUCUGGAGCUUUGCCCAGAAGAGCAUUUGGCAUCACCAGCUUUGCCGCUGCCCAAGCCGGACAAGGCACUUGAGUAUGAGUUUCGCGUUGUGUCUCCAAGGACAGACAUUCGAAACGCUCGACAUGCUUUCCUAACCCAUGUUCUGGCCCAGGUACAUAUCAAGUAUGGCCGUUGUUCCCUUGCACAAUUCGGUACCGAAUGGAGUCCGGAUUCUUUUCCCUUUCGCGAGCUGGCAUUUUCGCUCGUGUCGAUCGCUUCUGGAAAGGCUGACUUCUGGCCUCAAGAAAAGUUUAGUCUUGGAAGGAAUAGGAGGUGCUCGCCUGGAUGGUUUUAUGAACGAACAAUCUACGGUGACGAUGAUGGUCUGCUGUUGGAGUUUGGCUUUCCAGCUCAUCUGCCAGAGGAAACACCAGGGGUAUCCCCCGAGUCGACACUGUACUGGCUUGAAGACGAUGUUCUUGUCAGUCUCACCCUUGUGGUUGAUGGCAAGGCCAUCACCGAGGCUGCUGACUUUGGCCUUGGUCGUCAGUGCCAGAGGCGGCGCCCAUUUUACAUGGUCGUCAUGUCGCUUUUCGAAAUAGCCCUUGCUGAAGUUGCUCUCCAAUCCGAAGACGAAGACGACGAACCGUUCAUUCGAGUCACUAGGCCGCUUCAGCUGUCCAUUCUCCAGGCCCGCAACACCCUGAGCUCACAUCCGCGGGAGCGGCCGGAACUAGUGCCAGGCGCUCGUAGUUAUCCUCACACCGUUGACCUCUUGCGAAGGACAGGUUCCACGGGGUCCGCAAAACGGCUUGGCGAACUGUGGCCCGGGCUCUGCGCAAUGGUGGACUUUUUUGAAGUCCUUGGUAAUCGUCGCGCGGCAGCCAAAUCGUCGGGGAUUUUCCCUGCUGAGAUUUGGGAGAGAAUCAUCCUGUUUACCGACUACUCAACCUGGAAAGCGUGUUCGGUCGCGUCACCGGACCUUCGCCUUUGCUGCCUCCGCGAGUACAGAGUCGAUGAUGAAACUGCAAUAAUAGGAAGGCCGUAUGCGGGCAACAGGUUCCUGCGUUCUGGACAAAGAGAACAAUUGCUGUCGUUCAAUGUUGAAAACUUGGACCUUGGCGGCCAUUGCCUAAAGAUGAUGGCCCAUCAGAAUUCUCGUAAUUUCUCGGGUGUGCGAUUAGGAGACUGGGUGCCAGUUAUCAGUGGCCGGCGAAAGGCAGCAAUGACAGGUGUGCCUAUCUCGUUUUUUCCUGCCGAGCGAACUAUUGAAGACGGCAGCAGCAGUAGUUUUGGCCGCGAUGGGGAAGAUGCCGAGUAA